AUGUCUCAGGCAAGUAAACCUCAUCAUUUCAUUAGGGUAUCUGCUGGAAUGCGAUAUGAUAUGGAAGUAUGGGAACUAUUUUUAAAGGAUUUCAAUGGUAUCUGUUACUUUAGUGACCUUCACUGGACCAGUUCUGUUGAUCUCGAACUAUUCACAGAUGCUUGCGGCAAUAGUGACUAUGGGUGUGGAGCUUACUUUCAAGGAAGGUGGUGCUUUUUGCAAUGGCCGUCCGAUCUGCCGUGUGAGGUCUUAAAAGACAUAACUUACUUAGAGCUCAUACCAAUCAUGCUUGCUCUGUCUGUUUGGGGUCAUCUCUUGAACAAAAAGAAAAUUCUGUUUAGAACUGAUAACAAUUCAUUAGUGCAUAUUAUAAAUACACGAUCGUCAAAAAAUGACAGGGUUAUGAACUUAAUACGUCAGUUAGUUCUUUUCACCCUUAAGUAUGGUAUUCAGUUUAAAGCUCUCCAUAUUUCGUCCACCCGUAAUGAAAUCACAGAUGCCAUUUCUCGUUUACAGUGGGAUCGUCUUGCCAGACUUCUACCGGUUGGAGCAUCAUUGGAACCGGAAGAAAUCCCAGUUUCAUUUCUAGAAAUUUUCAAUCAGAAAUUGACAAACUAG